AUGAACUCUUUGAACAUCUUGUCCGCUCGCGUCAUCGGUCCAACCCCGCCUCAAACGCCUACGACCCACAGACCCCGGUCCUACAGUGACAGUAAUUUGAGAGAAGGAAAUACGGACAACAAAUCAAAGCGAAGUGCCAGUCAGCAUGUCAAAGGAGGCGUCACAGAUACGGUCGAGGAGAAGGAGGCGGGCCCUAGCAGCGCAGAUGCCGAAGAAGACACGGGCGUUGAGACGACGCCAGACGAGAUGAGCGAGGGUACUCCGCUGCUCGCCGGGGCCAUGGAACCCGAAAGUUCUUCGAAACCUGGUCCAAGAUACAGCAAACUCCGUUUGGCAGCAAAAAGACUGGUACAUGCUCUGACCGAGUCUUUGAAAUGGGUGCUUUCUACAUUAGUCUCGCCCGGCCUCUACAUUGUUACAGGCUUUUACGACGAGAAGGGCAGGUUCUCUCCGUUACUGCCGGUACGCAAGUUAAGCCGCGCUCUGCCGAAGCGUAACGGAAGGAAAUCUACAGCACAGGCUGUUGGACUCUCGGGAUCUUCAGAUGCUCCAGCUGUUGCAUUCUCUUCAAGCUCAGAUCACAAGAAUCUGCGCCGGAAAACGUCGGUGAAAGAGCUCGGGCUCAAGCCCAAAGAGGCCGACUGCAUCUCUCCAGCAACCUCAGAAUCCGAAGCUGAGGUCGGAGAAAAGCUCGUCAUUCUUGAUACGCCUCGGGAGAAUAGACCAAGGCUCAACACGUCAUCUUCAUCGGAUGAUGUACCGCAGGCGAGGAGAUCCAUUCGCAUAAAGCUGUACAAUGAAGACACGACUCGACGGCGGAAGCAGAAAAAAGAGAGAGGGGAUGUUGGGCAUGGGGCCGGUGUUAUUGGCCGCAGUCAACAACCUACGCUUACAGUAGCGAACAUAAAGUCGCCAACAUCACCUGCAUCAUCUCUGAAACUUACCAAGUAUCCUCGCGCUCCUGCUCCACCGCGACCUCUCAUUCCUAGGCGGCAACCUUCCUAUUCAAACCAAAUAUCCUCACAAACUUCCACUAGACUCACGCAGAAGACAUUGGUAAUAGACUUAGAUGAGACACUGAUCCACAGCCUGGCAAAAGGGGGCAGAAUGAGCAGCGGCCACAUGGUAGAGGUCAAGCUAAAUACGACCGUCGGCUAUGGGGGAGCUACUCUUGGACCCCAACAUCCUAUUCUCUAUUACGUACAUAAGCGCCCACACUGUGACGAUUUUCUCCGACACGUUUGUAAAUGGUAUAAUCUUGUUGUCUUUACGGCUUCGGUCCAAGAAUACGCAGAUCCCGUUAUCGAUUGGCUUGAGCAAGAGCGGAAAUAUUUUUCGGCGCGGUACUACCGCCAGCAUUACCUGAGCAAGGUCAUGAUACUUGACAAUAGCCCUUUGAGCUACAUAUUCCAUGAAGACAACGCAAUACCCAUCGAGGGUUGGAUUAACGAUCCCACCGAUAACGACCUUUUACACCUUAUUCCGGUUUUAGAGGCUCUGCAAUAUGUCACUGAUGUCCGUGCUCUUCUGGCAUUGCGAAGAGGCGAAGCGGAGGCCUCACGUUGA